AUGGGCUUCGAGCAAAGCCCGCAUGAGGCGGCCAUCUACCGGCGGGGCAGUGGAGGAAAUGCCUUGUUGGUGGGUGUCUACAUCGACGACUUGGUGAUCACCAGCAUCAAGGAUGCGGAGGUGGCGACAUUCAAGGAAGAGAUGAAGGCCACCUUCCAGAUGAGUGACAUGGGGCCUCUCUCUUUCUACCUGGGGAUCGAGGUGCACCAGGAUGACUCCGGGAUCACGCUUCGACAAACGGCCUACGCCAAGCGCGUCGUUGAGCUAGUUGGGCUCACCGACUGCAACCCAGCUCUCACUCCAAUGGAGGAGAGGCUGAAGCUGAGCCGUGACAGCACGAUGGAGGUGGACGCUACACAGUAUCGACAUCUUGUGGGGAGCCUUCGCUACCUCGCCCACACAUGA